AUGUCCAUUCCCUCCAACAGAUUCACCUGCGACGGCUGCCAAUUCACGGGAUUUACCCAACGUGGCUACUUACCGCACCUUCGUCAAAGCCGCAAUCCUGAUUGCAAUGCCAUAUUCCACGAACUAAUGGGCGUACUUCCCGAGUCUGAUGUCGGCGCCAGCCUCGCCGUCGAUGGACUUCGUCUCGACCUUGAUGGCCCAGGUGGGGAAGCAGUCCCGUUCGCUGGGGACAUUUUUGGAGACGCCGACGAUUACAACAUAGGCGACGACUUCCAGCACCCUGAAAUGGAUGCUGGCAAUGGAUCUGAGGGUGAAGACCUCCACGACGAUGAUCUCACUGCAGCUCUCCGUGCCGUGCUUGAGGACGAAUGGGGACCAGAACGACCGGUCGGGCAGCCUGCCCAUAUCGCUGCUGAGGGCCAACCUGUUGCUGAGGAAGCUCAGCCUGGGCUUAAUCAUCAAUUUAACACCACCCGGAGCGCAGAGGACCCACUGUGGCAUGCGCAUAACAUCAAAAUUUGGCGUGCACAUAACUUCAAAAUUGUUCGAUAUUCAGACAAACACCCAACAAAGCGAGCAGGAGGGACGUUAGGUCGAAAGAAUGCCACAGAUGUAGAUUACAAGGCUGGCCUCGCAGCUAGUGCCUCAAAUCCAUGGGCGCCUUUCACGUCGCAAGUAGAUUGGGAGGUGGCUAGGUGGGCGAAGCUUCGAGGGGCUGGGUCGACAGCCUUCUCUGACUUGCUGGCAAUCGAGGGCGUACGAGACGCCUUGGGCCUUUCGUAUCGGACCUCUGGUGAACUCAACAAGAUAAUCGACGCAAAGCUUCCCAACAGUUGGCCGAAAUUUAUCUGCCGCCAGGUUGUCGUCCACAACGCAUCCUUCGACCUCUAUUCACGCAAUAUUCUGGAAUGUAUCGAGGCCUUGUGGAGUGACCCCGAGUUUACAGAAUCUCUCCUCGUUGAACCUCAGCGGCACUACGCCGACGAUGACCUUACAAUCAGAGUUUACCAUGAAAUGAAUACCGGAAAGCGGUGGCAGGAUACUCAGAAAGCUGUUGAAGACGAAACCAAGAAGAAGAAUUGCACUGUCGUGCCCGUCGUCAUCUCUUCCGACAAAACUCAACUCACACUUUUUCGCGGCCCAACGCCUUCGCGACAAACGCAAGUUUUACUUGGAUACCUCCCUACCUCCGAACUCGACGAUGUUACCAACAAGUCCGCGCAUCGUCGGAUUCUUGCCAACUUAUUCCAUUGUUGCGUCGGGUAUAUCCUUGAACCCCUCCAAAGUGCCAGAAUUGACGGUAUGGUACUCGCAGGUGGGGAUGGCUCUGUUCGCCGUGGACACCCCGUUCUUGCUGUUUACGUCGGAGACUAUCCGGAGCAACGCCUCGUCUCUGGGAUCAAAAACGGGGAGUGUCCUGUUCGCCCUGCACACCGCGAUGACAUUGGUGAUCCCGAGAGCGCUGUUGAUCCUCGAGAGUUGGGGGCUAUUUUGGAUGCCUUGGACGCUAUUAGCCAGGGACCAACUGAAUUCACGAAGGCACGCGCUGCAGCUGGCAUUAAACCCAUCCAGAACCCCUUCUGGAAAGACCUCCCAUUUCUUAACAUAUAUCAGUCAAUCUCUCUGGAUGCCCUGCACCAGCUUUAUCAGGGUGUUAUCGAGCACCUGAUUGGGUGGAUUCGGGAUGUCUGCGGCGAUGCGGAAAUCGACGCUCGGCGCCGCCGGUUACCACCCAAUCACAAUAUUCACCUUUUUUCGAAAGGAAUCUCCGGCCUGUCGCGCGUCACGGGCACCGAACACAACCAGAUCUGUCGCUUCCUCCUUGGUAUCAUCGUUGAUAUCAAACUCCCUGAUAACCUCUCGAAUGCCCGUCCUUUAGCCUCUGUUCGAGGGAUGUUCGAUUUUCUCUAUCUCGCCCCAUACCCAAUGUUCCACGAAAAUAAGGAUAUAUUCCUUGACCUCGGUGUUCGGACGAACUUUAACAUCCCCAAGCUCCAUUUCUCUUCCCACUAUCAUUUCUUCAUUGAACUUUACGGCGCCGUCGACAACUAUAACACUGAAUACACAGAGCGCCUUCGCAUCGACCUUGCGAAGGAAGCUUACCGCGCUACGAAUGGUAAGGAUGAAUACACCCAAAUGACCAUCUGGCUGGAGAGACGAGAGAAAGUCCUACACCGCGACCGGUUUAUUUGGCGAAAAUCACAGCAGGUUUCGCCACCCCUCACACCCUGUGUGAGACCGCCAUCAAUUCCGACUCUUGUGCAUCCCCGAGAAGUGCAGAUGGCCAAACAUCCAUCAGCCCAAGGUGUCAAACUCAACAAGAUUAUCGAAGACUACGGCGCAACGCUCCUCGAAGUUGCACUAGCUCGCUAUGUCAUCCAAAUACAAAACCCUAGGUAUAGCCGCGCUGAGAUUGAAGCCUCCGUUGACGACUUUUACCUUCCCUUUGAUCGACUCUCCGUUUUCUUCCGAAUGAAAUUCCGCGCCUACGAUCCUUAUCAGGCAACAUCCAAUGCAUCAGCCAGCGUCGUCGACUCCAUUCACUGUCAACCGUCGCGAAGGAAUGGGCUCGGUGAAGUAGUUCCUGGCCGCUUUGAUGCCGUCCUCAUCCACUACAAGGACGGCGGUGAAACUGGUGUGCAAGGCUACUGCGUCGCACGGGUACGCUGCAUUUUUCAGCUGCCUAAACGAGCCCUCGACCUUUGGUUCCCAGGACGAUCACCGCCGAAACGUUUUGCAUAUGUCGAGUGGUUCACUCCCUUUUCGCCCCGAGGCCCCGAGAAGCAUCACCUUCUCUAUUGUGCUUCUCCCUUGCUCGAUAACGGCGGUCAGCAACUCGUUAGUGCGGUCCCAAUAAACUUAAUUCGCCAAUCAGUCCAUCUCUUUCCAAAAUUUGGGCCACUUGUGAAUAGCGCGUGGAAGUCUAGUACUGCGCUCGAUGUAUGUAAAGUAUUCUACUGUAAUCCUUUCUCGGACCGCUUCCCUUAUAGUAAUCUUUUCUGA